AUGGUUGACUACGCGGCCAACACUCAAGGUCUGUUCGGUACGGCACAAACAGGGCCGGCCCCAAUGGCCAAUUCACACUCGUACAACUUCACCGGCACUCCGGCCGGUCUUGGGUUCGCGCCUCGCACACCUGCUCCGCUGGAGGCCUAUUCGUCCGGCAGAGGACCGGCCGUUGCUGAGGCCGCCUUCGUCGCUAGGCGACCAAAUAAGAUGGCUGCUGGGCCAACUGGCCGACCGGGACCGGGGCUGGGCAGUGAAAUAGAGCCCAGCGGGCAGUCCAGAUGCGACGGACACACAAUGAAGGAGUGCAGACAAGAAGAGGGGCAGAUGAGUCAACAGUCUCAGACAGGAAGGCAACUGCACAGCGUCCGGCAGAGUUGUGGGAAACUGGUAAAGGAAGAGCUGUAUCCCUCCGGCCAAGCAUUCGAGCGCCAAUCUCAGACUUCAAAUGGAGUCGGCGAAGGCCCCAUCGCACUCAGUACCGAUCCCUCCUCUUUCCUCAACUCCACCCUUGACUUGUUCUCCGAAGCAAGCACUUCAGCUUUACGCAAGGCACACACACACACAACACACACACACACACGAAGGGCUUUAUCUGGGAGUAGCAGCAUGCACCAAAAGUGGUCCAGCUUCAUGGUUCCAGGGUCCCUCAGGUGGGUCCGAACUGCUUUGUGCAGAAAGAAAGAAGGGCUCACCCUCCCUGUCUUACCGAUAUAG